AUGAAUCCAGUCAAUGCCAGGCCUUAUGAGCUCCCAGCUGAUGCAACCUGGUUGAUUACCGGCUGCUCAACUGGAAUUGGUCGCGCUAUCUCGGAAUUAGUUGCCAGCAAACCCAAUCAGCGUCUAAUUGCCACAGCUCGCAAUCCAUCCGACCUCGCUUACCUUCCCGACUCUAAUCCUAAUAUUCUCAAACUUGCUCUCGACGUAACAUCUGCUGCGUCAGUGAAUGAAGCAUUUGCUGCUGCUUCUAAGCAUCUCGGCGACUCUUUCCAUCUUGACAUUGUUAUCAAUAAUGCCGGCUAUUCCCUUUCUGGAGAUACCGAAUCGGCGACUGAGGAAGAAGCGCAUUUAGAAGUCGAAACAUUAUUCUUUGGUACAGCAAGAGUCACAAUAAAGGCUGUUGAAGUUAUGCGCCAGCAUAAAGAACAUCGUGGGGGAGUCAUUUACCAGAUUUCCUCCCUAGCGGGACUGUGUUCAUUUCCUGGUAAUGCUUAUUACCACGCUGGUAAAUAUGCAGUUGAAGGUUGGACUGAAUCUGUUGCGCGGGAAAUGCAUCCUGAUUGGAAUAUUAAUUUUUGUAUCAUCGAGCCAUCUGGUGUGAAACCCAAUUUUGAAGGCCACAGCAAAGCUCACACUGCACCUCAUCCCGCCUAUUCUGCUCCUGAUAUGCCUGCUCGUAUACUCGAGAAAUGGGUAAACAUGGGUAUCAAGAGCGGUGUGGGUAUGCUCAACCCCAAUGGUAUAGCAGAAACUAUCUAUGAGAUAGCUAGUCGUGGAGAGAAAGUACCACUUCGACUUCCUUUGGGUCCUACGGCGUGGAAGUUGAUUAGACAGAAAUAUGAGGGGUUUUUGGGAGAGUUGGAUGCGGUCAAGGAUAUCAGUUUUAUGGAGAAAGAUACUUGA